CGCUCUCUCUAGAAUCUUUGGAAGUGGGGCACCUGUUGCCGUGGCGACGCGUUGCUAACCUUUUGUUUACAAUGAUAAUCAACUUCUGUGGAUAACAUUAGCAUGAGUUUCACGAAGUCUAGAACGUAGCUGCUAGGCUAGCUGUAAAGUUACUUGCUAUUUUACGUGUCUUAGUUUUGUUCUUAGAGUGUUCUUUUAUUUCUAUUAAAUCGGGGCGUUUAAAAUGGAUUCUACUAGUUUGUAUUACUCUUUAGAUUUAGUCUCCGGCGCAGGUUUAACCUUGAGCAGUGAACAGAAAGCAGCCCUUCAGACCUCACUGGUCAUCCUACAGAAAAACUAUAAAUUUCACCGUGUUCUGUUCUGGGGGAAGAUCCUCGGUAUAAAAGGGGAUUAUUUCAUCGCUCAGGGCCUAAAAGACGAUGAGAUGAGAGAUAAGAAGACGUUAUACAGUUUUGAUUGCAUGGACUGGGACCUGCUGCCACCACCUACGGACGAGAUGAUAGCGGAGGUAAACACUGCGGCAAGUGGGCGCUUCAUGGGAGACCCCUCACAUGAGUACGAACACACGGAGACUCGGCGACAUGGAGAGGGGGACGAGGCGGUGGAGGAGGACAUUGUGGUUAAGGUUAGCGAAGAGAAGCGUUUGGCCACGACUGUGUUUACCAUUGAUCAAGAGGUGUCUGUGGUUCCACGGGGCGCUUACAUCAAGAGUCCCCACGGGACCGUGCAGACAAACCGCAGCUUUGAGGGUCUUUCAGUUGGCGAAGCUGGGAAGCUGAGUAACUAUCUACAUUUCAGUGAGCCCAAGUGCCUGAGGAAGCCAUCCAUCCUUGAGAUGGCCGAAUCAGACCCUUGCAGAGACUUCCUGGACCCUCUGAGCGAAGACAUACCUAAAGGUUCGUGGAGUAUCCAGUUUGAGCGUGGCAGCAGUGUGUGUGUUCUGCGGUCUCUCCUCUGGCUGGGACUGAGUUUUUAUCACAUCCCUGGAACUCCACAGCAUGGUUUUGUCUACAUGGGGACUGGACUUAAGAACCUGGACCUGCCCUUUAUGCUGUGAACAUGCACACAUAAACUAAUCACAGGAGAUGAGACACACAACAUUAAACCCAAGUUAAUUUCUCAUGACUUAUUUUAUUUACAAUGAAUAAAAGGUUCUGGAACUCUG